GUCACGUGAGAGACGUGCGUAGCCGAGAAUCACGUGACGGCGGGGACCCCGGAAAGCGACUCGGGCGCAGAGUCAGGCCGGUGGGUGAAAGCGUUAAAUGCCGGAAGAGAGUGGAGUGGGCUGGCAAGUCAUACUUUUUUGAGUAUCAUGGCAGAUGAUUUGAAAAGGUUCCUGUAUAAAAAACUACCAAGUGUUGAAGGACUUCAUGCUAUUGUAGUAUCAGACAGAGAUGGUGUACCAGUAAUUAAGGUUGCCAAUGAUAAUGCCCCUGAGCAUGCUCUUCGGCCCGGUUUCUUGUCAACAUUUGCGCUUGCUACAGAUCAGGGCAGCAAACUUGGGCUUUCCAAAAACAAAAGCAUAAUCUGUUAUUACAACACUUACCAGGUGGUUCAGUUCAAUAAACUUCCUUUGGUAGUGAGUUUUAUUGCCAGCAGCAACGCCAAUACAGGACUGAUUGUAAGCCUGGAAAAAGAGCUGGCUCCUUUGUUUGAAGAACUAUGGCAAGUGGUGGAAGUCUCUUAACUCAGUAUUUAUAUCCAGAGCACAGCAAAUCUUUAAUAUGAAACAGGGAAAGAUUCAGUCAUUUUCACACUGUAUAAUGAAUGUCUUGAAGAAAAUGUCACUUUCUCUUAUUAUAUGUUAAAAACUGUGCUGGACUGAAAUAUAAGGUAAAUGGGCUGUAGCUUUUCCUGUAUAUCCUAGAUUGCUGGGUUUAUUGGUGAGCAUAACAACUCCCAUGGAGUUAACUUCAAUCUAGCACAUAUUUCACAGUAGAAAAAAAAUACUGUGUAUAAUAAUUGUGUAUAAUAUGCCAUCCACAACUUUUUCACUCUACCAGCAAUAUGUUGUCUCUGUCUAGGUAAAUGGAGACUAGUGCAAACAUACAUUUUGCAGUCAAAUCUUCCUUUAUGCUUAUAGAAGAAGAACAUUAUGGGGAAAAGAUACGUUAAUACUGGUAUGCAAUCAAUGGUUCUUUGUUUGGAUAACAGAAUUUUAAACUUCAGAGUAGCUAUUUGUAAACGAGUAGCUACAUGCUAGCUGUUUCUGCAGAGUUUAAAUUAAUCAGUGCAUUCUCUUUCUGUAUUCUUUGUAAAACUGAUGUUUUGAAUACAUGUAAUUAUGAUACUUUGCUAACUUAUCUGGCUUUGUAUGUUCCUAAGCAAAUCUGAAUAAAAGAAGCAGGCAAGGUGUUUAGUCUGAUCAUUAUCACAGAGUUAGAUAUUGCAAAGCAACAUUAUUGCUGUCUUUAAUCAGUAUGUUCAUUUAUAUAGUGUUGUUGCCUUGGAGUGGGGGGGGGGAGGCAGGGCAGUCAAACUGGUCGUAUUUUUUAAAUAAGAGAAAAAUUUUUGAAAGUUGGAAAGUAUAAGAAUCUUAAUAUAUAAAAAGGAAUAUUCUAUAUAUGGAAGAAAGCCACUUUGACAGGACAUUAGCAGCUACAUAUACAACAGCACUCUAACAAAUAUUCAAGUGAAGAACAGAUCAGGCAUAUAAUGGAGUCUAGACCAGAGCAUUGUUUAUCUAUCAUGGCAGCUUUCAGAUGUGUAAUCUUCAACUCCCAGAAUUCCCUAGCCAGAAGGCCAUUGUAGAGAAAUCCAGAAUUUGAAAUGUACACACCUGGAGAUUGCCAAGAUUGAGAACAAGUAGCUGAUGUCCAAGAUCCAUUCUCACUCUUACAUAUUCUGAUUUGGAAGUUGUCGCAUUUGAGAAACAUUGAACCAAGAGAGUAUACGAGUAUUUUUCCCCUUCAAAAUCCAGUAGUGGAAAUCUCAUUUAAAUUAAGAGCAGUACCCUAACCCUAGCCUCAGAGCCCUCAUUGAGAAAGGAAGAUUAGUUAUGUAAAGUUUGAAAGUAUUUGUAUUAUCACCAAUGUCUUAUCCACUGCACAGGUAAAAUUGUAUUUUCUUUUUGUUCCUGGUUUAUUAGAAAUUUUUUAAUAAAAAUAUAAAAUAUACAAUUGUUCCCAA